GCAGGCUGUAUUUUCUGCCCUGACAUUUAUUUUUGCGUCUCUGUUUGUGCGAGUGAGCCUUGUACUCUGGAUUGUGUUUGAUUGUCUAUUGAGAGGAACAAUAAUCAUUUAAAAGUGUUGGCAACAGCAAUAACAGGAAGUUUAUAUUGGUUUACCGGAACACAAUAAUAGGUCAUAAUUCUUGUUUUUAUUUUUGGACUUCCUGUUGGUUUAUCUCCUAUAUUUUUCUGUGGAUGUUACGAUGCCUCAGCAGAAGAGGAUGCAGAAGAUGGAGCAGAGCUCGUGCACCGAGGAUCGUAUCCAGCAUGUCCUCGAGCGUUGCCUCUGUGGCCUGGGUCACGACACUCCGGACAAACAACUCUGGAACGCUGGGCUGUGCAUAAAUCGCUGGUGUUUGGAGGAACUUGUAAAGAGAGAUGCCCACAACUUCCUCAUCCUUCUACAGAAAAUACUGAGAAAAACAAAGGAGGUGCUGGAGGAGAGUCGGUAUGAACUGGUGGUGCCCCUCACUCUCCUGUUCUCUUCAACCCUUCUUAAAGCUCCACAUGUGGCUACAGACUGCAGUGUGCUGCAGGAGGCCUACUUUUUGUUCCAUAGUUUCCUGGCCUGGCCUGAGCCUUGCAGCUCUGCCAGUAAACGCCUGCUGAAUAUCCUGCAGCAGGAGCUCAGAGCACCAGGUAUUUCAUUUCAAAGACUGGUUCGGGCAGAGCAGGGUGUUUGCCCUGAGAUUCACAGCUCAAAAACCAUGACGGUGUUGUUAGUGAGCCCAGAUGAGGACGUCCCUCCAGAGGUCCAGUCUGUCUCGGAGCAGCUGAUUAGCACCCAGCACUCCAACAUAGACGUCACCCUCAUCCUGCACGGCUUUCAGGCUGCUCUGGGCACCAAACACGACCUGCAGGCGCUCCGCACUGCCCUGCAGACAAAGCGGCCUGAGCAGCUGGAGCAGCUCAUGGAGGCGGUGACUAAUCGCAUGGAGACAGCAGCUUCUACAGCAGAUCCCAGCACAGCUAGACAAGUUCUUCAACACAGCAUGGAGGCGCUCAGAGAAGGCCUCGCUGUUCCUGCUCCUGCUGAUGGCCGCACAGAUAAUGGGGCUGUUGAGACUUUCGUGCUGCCCUUCCCCAAAUGUCACACAUGCUCCUGGGAAAACGACAACUUUGAUGUUCUGAAUGCCGUUCUCGAGUCCGACCUGGACUCCCCUCUGGACUGUUUCCUUAAAACAGAAAUGGAUGAGGAGGAUAAUAAUGACACCAGUGUGGAUGAGGAAGACGAGGUGGAGGCAAACAAAGUGGAGCAGGACUUUCAAAACCACCGUAUCUCCACCGCAUCCUCUUCUUCGAGGGACUCCGGCUACUCUCUCUCCUCCAGCUGGUCUGUGUUCUCCACGCCGUCUGGCUCAUCAGGCGUGGAAAGUGACUUCAGUGAGGACAUAACACAUGAGGACAAAAGGGAAGGACAAGACAGCCAACCAAAGCUUCGAAAGAAACCCAAAAAGAAGUCCAGAUCCAUCUUAGGCGUAGAACGCUUGUCCUCGUUUUUCAAGACUCCCCGCAGCCCGAGCAGCUGCCGGCGCGUCCAGAGUAUGGGCCACUCUUGUGACUUCCCCAAAGACGUUCAAAGAACUAGAUCGCAGAAAACACACCUCAAAAACACCUUGUACCCCUCCAGACAAGUUCAUCCUCUGCCUUCAUCCGCUGCUACCUCGGAUCCUCUUUCCCCCCGGAAGCACAUGUGCGUCCGCAGGAGGCCGAUCCUGAGCUGCGAUGAAGGCGAUGUGGCAGAGGUGCCUACCCUCAUCAAAGUGGUGGUGUUUGGAGGUGACAAAGAAGCUGGCAGGCUGGCCAGGGCGUACAGCGACCUGCAGCAGAAAGAGAGCAAAUGUCCCCGACUCACCAAGACAUGCAAACUGCAGUUUUACUUUGUUCCCACCAAAAGGAGAACGACAGGAAGCCCAGGAGGAGGACACACUCCCACUGAAGGGCCGACAGGAAGUUCAACCAGAGCUGCUGCCUCUGUGGAGUCUAACGGCAGUGUGCUGGAGGACAGCACCACUGAUAUAGCCCAGAUGUUGGGCAUGAUCGACCCCUGGUACGAGCGGAACGUCCUCAGUCUGCUCAGCUUGUCCUCUGACGUCCUUUGUCAGCAGACUCCCUGUAAGGAGGGCAAUGAGUCAGUGAGCAGUGGCAGCACGGAGAGUCUGCUGGCUGACAUGGUGCUUUAUUACUGUCGACAUGCAGACCAGCCUGUUCUGGUGCAGCUCUACCAGGCUGAGCUGACCCUGGCUGGAGGAGAGAGAAGAAAGGAAGUGUUUAUCUACUCUCUGGAGCUCGGGCACUCUGCUGGAACCAGAGCGGUUAAGGCCAUGGGUGCUGCCAGCAAAAGGUUUGGAAUUGAUAAAGAACAGGAGGCUAUCCCUUUAACACUACGUGUUGCCUACAACAAGGUGGCUGUCAGCGGGAGGAGUCAGUGGACCGAGGCAGAGAUGGUUUGCACCUCAAUUAAUCUUCACAAAGCCUGCAGGGAACCUGAGCAGCUUGAUUCAAGAAUAGAACGUUUGCAGCUGACAAUGACAGAAGUCCUGAAGAGGCAGUGCUCCAAGUCUAAAAAGGGCAGCAACCAGCACAUCUCCGUAUCAGAGGUGAAGGUGGACAAGGUGCAGGUGAACGCUGGAGCAGAUGGGACGACUUUUGCUGUGUGUCUGGAUCAGGAUGAGAAGAAGUUUAUCCAAAGUGUCACCAGGUGUGAAGUGUCUCUUUGCUGUAAACCAGGAAGCAGUUCAGACUGGAGGUCCUACAAGCCCUCGCCCGGACAAGUGCAGCCUCUGCACCCGUCCUACUGCUCCCUGCUCUGCCUCCCCAUCACCUCCUUCUCUGCCUCAUAUCCAUGACACACUUUUUACAACACCACGGAUGUUAAACAAAAAGCAACGCGGGAUGCAGAACAUAAAUACUGUAGCACAAACAGUACAGUAGCACAAUUAAAAUUAAUUGAUGCACUUACAUUUCAUGUUUAUCCUGUAGCUGAUGCCAAGGUGUGUCACAUUAUAAUAAGAAGGAGGCGUGUGGCACUGUUAAGAGGAAUGUUUCCCAGCUUUCUACAGUUUGAUUACCGUAGUUGCUGGAAAAGACAAUUUUAGCAAGUUUGAAAAAAAGAAGCUGAAUGCUGGAUCUGUAGAACAGGCUUUAUGUCAAUGAUCUGCUGCCAGUAGCAUUGAACUGAUUACUUGAUUAUCACUGUGUACGUUCUGUUGGGCCUUGACCAGAGUAAAUGCCCUUUUUUUCAUUUUAAAUGUGUAUUAAAAUAAGCUAUUUAUUUUGAAGAGUGGCAACGGUGAAUUUUUCUUUUCUUUUUUCAGAAAAUACGUUUCAAUGUGUUUUUAUAAUUUUAAAAUAAAAUCAUACUUGGUUACUUA